AUGUAUUGUAUAUUAUAUUGUUAUUGUUUUAGGAGAGAAUAAUUUUAAAUUUAGAAAUAAUGUAAAAAAUGGUUAGUGAGGAUUCAUCAGAUGCUUCUCCUGUUGAGGAUGAUGAACUCUCGGAUAUGCCUGAGUUCGAGAGAGAACUUCUUUUGGCUGAAAAACACGCGGAGGAAGUUAGGCUUAAGCAGAGGAUGAGUUUGUUGUGGGAAAGUUCUGGAGUUGGACCUGAUUCCACUGGUUUGUACGAAGAUUUGUACUAUUUGGAUGAUGUUGUAGAUGAAACCUCAGAGAAAUUACAGGAACCAGGUGUUUUAUUCAAAGAUGAUAAUAAAGGUUCCGGAAAGACCUCAAAGGCCUCCAAAUCUGAUCCUAAAGUAGCUAAAUCGGGUAAAAUAUCCCAGAGUAAAGAUGAAGAUGAUAAACCAACAUUCAAUCCAAUAACAGUGUCAAUUGCAAAUUCGGCAAAAUUAUCAAAAACUAGAACUUUGAACAUUUUGGAACAUCCGAACUUUAAUGAGUACCUUUCAGGUGCUCUGAUUAACUUAUUUAUUACAGUGGAGAGCUUAAGGUUGAGCCCAGUUAAGUCAUCUCCUAAGCGCCUAAAGGCUGUUCCAAUUUGUGAAUUGUUCCCAAAACUGAUCUCAAAACACGUCGUUUUUCAAAUUGAAUGUGCUGUUCCCUCAGAAACUUAUGACGUUUUCGGUAGCAAUUUAAAUUCUUGUGAUCACUUUUCAAAGCUUUUCCUCUCAAAGUGCUCGUAUGUACUAUGUGGUAAGGUCUUAAAUGUGGCUACCGAAGCGUCCAACACAUUUGUGCUCGUCAGUGUGUGUGAUAUUUGUAAUUCCUCAUUUCAAGAAGAACAACUUAAUUUCGGUGAUGAGUAUUUUGCAGAGUUUCUUAAACAAAUUUCUGAUAAUUUGAAAUCGUUUACAUUUACGGAUGAGGAUGUUCAGAUAAUAUUGGAACAAAAGUUACGAGAAAGAUCCUCUAUUCCUAAUAAAAAAACUUCGUUGAUCUCUGAAAUUCAGCGUUAUACACACGAAAUUGAGCUGUUGAGUGAGUCCGCCAAGAACGAUCCCUCUCAGAUUUUGAGGCUCAAGGAUCACGAAAAACGUAGGCAGGAGCUAGUAGAUGAUCUUAACAACCUAGGGGAUUCUAAGACAAACUCUCGUUUUUCUUUAAGAAACUCAUCCAUUAUUUCCACUUCUGAUGAUUUAUCCAACAAAACUGUCACGAGGAAAAUUACAAAACCAACUCCAAUGAUUAUGGUACCGAAUAUGAGGAGUGUUAGUAUGCAUAUUGAGUUGAGUGAGAACAAACCGCUAUUCAAGAGUAGUUUGGACUGCCUUAACCUAAAUAAUCAAACUCACCUUAUAAAUCGCUACUCACAAUGUAUGAGAGAUUUGGAAUUUGGUGUGAAACUUCAAAAGUUUAACCAUAAAAACGUUUUAUUCAAGGCUACUAAAUUUCAGAAUUAUUCACAUUAAUAUUUUACACUCUUUUA